AUGAAGUCCUUCAUCACCGUUUCUGCUGCUCUCCUGGCCACCUGCGCUACCGCGUUGCCCAACUCCAAGGCCGCUCGCCACGGUCCUCCCGAGGUCACUUUUGCUCUCAGCAACGACCAGACCGGCCACCAUGCCAGUGCCACGGUGCCUGCCAAUGGAGACACGUUCAUUUUCAGCAGCCUCUUUGGUGACAGCGUUCUUGCUUCCGAUGGCCAGGUCCUCGCCAGCUCGGGUCAGCUGACUGCUUUCCCUCAGGGAGUCGACUGUGGUCUUGAAAACUACGAGGGCGAUUGGGUUACCGCUCUUACCCCAGAAAACACUUAUGUUGACCUUGACGGAAACCCUGACGUUGCUACCCCUAUCGAUGUUGCGGGAUACACUAUUUCAUGCAGUCUGGCCUGA